AUGAGGUUGCUCAGAGUGAGUUCAGAGGGAGAAGAGAAAGGGGCCCCCAAAGCCCAGCCAUGUGGGUUACCAAAGUUCAAAGGGAGGGAGAAGAAACUGAUGAAAAUAGCGGCUCUACCGAGACUGUCUUCUUUCUCUGGCUUGCCCCUUGACUUCUUCAGAUUUGGUGGCAGACUUCUUGUCAGAGCCAGGCUCAGUGGGCUCAGUGGCCCGGGAACUCUCCCCCUCCUUGUUGAUGACUGCAGAGGACAGGCUCCGUGCCUUGGGCUGCACCCAGCAGUGACUGAGGAUCUCGUCGAUAUGCAGCCGCCGGUUGACGUCCGGCUGGAGCAUGCGGUAGAUGAGGUCCUUGCACUCGCCUGUCAGGUGCUUGGAGCGGGGGAAAUUGACACGGUGCUCCUUCUGGAUGCGCAGCAUCUUCUUGAUGUUGGAGUCAUCAUAGGGCAUGGAGCCACAGACCAUGAUGUAGAGGAUCACGCCCAGGCUCCAGAUGUCAUACACCUUGGGCUGGAAGCGACGCCCUGGGCUGAGGCUGACGCGCUGCCCUGUGGCGAUGUUGCUGCCCCGGAGCUUGGAAAGUGCCAGGCACCCAGGAGCGCCCCUGGUAUGUGA